UCAAUCCCACAAGUUACUUCUUCGUCUCUAUCAUUUCAUUGCUAGAUGAUCAAACAAAUUCCACAAUAAUCUCCUGCAAAACAUUACAGCUAAAUCAAACCAAGAAUCUCGUUCUAUUCACAACCCUUUAUCCAAAGAAUCACUUAUUCUUUAUUAAUAUGAAAAUCCAAAUUGAAAAACAGAGUCUUUUCAUCAUCUUAAUUUCGGGGUUCUUGUUAUGGAAUCAGGUCGAGUCGAUCCGGUUCGAUCUGGAAUCUGGGCACACCAAAUGCAUAUCGGAGGACAUAAAGAGUAAUUCCAUGACCGUCGGAAAGUAUCAUAUUGUUAACCCUAAUGAUGGCCACCCGUUGCCUGACUCUCAUAAAAUCACCGUCCGGGUGACAUCGGCGUAUGGGAAUAGCUAUCACUACUCAGACCAUGUGACCGAGGGGCAUUUUGCAUUUCAAACUGCGGAGGCAGGUGAUUACAUGGCUUGCUUUUUUGCAGGUGAUCACAAACCUUCCACUACUAUUACAGUUGAUUUCGAUUGGAAGUCUGGUAUUGCUUCCAAGGAUUGGACGAAUGUGGCCAAAAAAGGUUCUGUUGAAGUUAUGGAAUUAGAGCUGAAAAAAAUGUUUGAUACGGUGCAAUCAAUCCAUGACGAGAUGUUUUAUCUACGUGAAAGGGAAGAAGAAAUGCAGGAACUUAACAGGUCCACGAACAGCAAAAUGGCGUGGUUAAGUUUUUUGUCAUUUUUUAUUUGCUUGUCCGUGGCAGGAAUGCAGCUAUGGCAUUUGAAGUCGUUCUUCGAAAAGAAGAAGCUUAUUUAGUGGUGUACUGAAUCAUCCUAGUUAGUGUUUUGUAGUCAUGAAUUUGAAAUUAGCAAUACACAAAUCUGAAUGGAUUUUUAUAUUCUGAUGCAGGCAGAGUUCUUACUAGUUUUUUUCUGAUUAUUGUACAACUUUUUGUAUCAAAAACUGUAAAAGGGGGAUUAGAUGCUGAAUCAAUGCUGCACUAAACUUGUAAUAAAUAUCAAUUAGCGUUCGAAGGUUCUGAUGAAUAAUUUUGUAUAGAUGGGGAAUUGGGAUAGUGUGUGAUUUUACUUCACUUUUUA